AACACUGGCAACUGUCAUUGUUCUGUGGAUGGAUUUGUUCGCCGCCUUAUUUCACCACCUCAAUGUUAGAAAGACAAGAUUUGGUAGUUUAUUCCUUGGAAAACUGAAUAGAAACUAUUUUAAAUAGACUAUAUUCUUAUUUGCAAUUAAGUUAAAAAAUAAAAGUGCGACAAGGCAACUACCGGAGAGCAAAACGGUUGGAUAACCAAAAACGAAAACUACGAAAUAAAAAAUUAAUUGCUUAGGUGUAAAUCAAAAUAGUAUAAAAAAGUAUUGUAUAAUAACAUUAGAAAGCGAUGGCGCACAGAUUGAUUCAAUCUGCGAAAGCUAUGGAACGGUGCCUUCGUAGAAGUUACGUUACCAACAAUAUAAAUUUUAGGAUUUCUAAUAGAAAUGUGACAGAAACACAUAAAUUCGUUCCAACACCAGUCAUACAAUUUUUGUUGGAACAAGUUCAAUACUUUUGCAAAAAACCACCAAAAGGCUUUGAAAAGUACUUUGAUGAAGGGAAGUCAGCAGACAAGAAACGAUCUGAUAAUGAAGCGUCCAAAUCGAAAGAGAGCAAACCUUCAGUUGGUAAAGAAAGUAGCUCCAGCACAUCUUCAACAAAUAAAAGUGAUUGGAGUUUUGGUAUGUUUACAAACAGUUCGAAAGGGUCACAAGGAAAUCGAGGAGCUGGUGGUGGCGGUGGUCGGCCUAUAGGAGAAGGUUCAGGAGGAGACCGUGAAAAGUGGAUAAUUUUUGGAGCUGUUAGCGCUGUUGCAUUACUGGCGUCAAUAGCAUUUUUCGAAAUGGGAUAUAAAGAAAUUUCGUGGAAGGAAUUUGUAAAUAACUAUCUAAAUAAGGGUCUGGUGGAAAAAUUGGAGGUGGUCAACAAGAAGUGGGUUCGCGUGCGUAUACUUCCGGGAAAUUCACAAGAUGCUAGUGGUGUUCUUUGGUUUAAUAUCGGCAGUGUAGACUCUUUUGAACGUAAUCUAGAAACUGCUCAGACAGACCUUGGUGUUGAACCACUGAAUUAUGUGCCUGUUAUAUACCGCACGGAAGUAGAAGCGUCCGCAUUGACCGGCCUUUUGCCAACACUCCUAAUAAUCGGAUUUUUGGUGUAUAUGAUGCGUAGAUCAGCUGAUAUGAUGGGCGGUGGACGUGGGAGAAAAGGCGGUGGAUUGUUUGGCGGCGUUAUGCAAUCCACAGCAAAACUUAUUAAUUCAAAUGAAAUUGGCGUACGCUUUAAGGACGUUGCAGGUUGUGAGGAGGCCAAAAUAGAAAUUAUGGAAUUUGUGAACUUCUUAAAAAAUCCCCAACAAUAUAUUGACCUCGGCGCAAAGAUACCCAAAGGUGCUAUGCUUACUGGGCCACCUGGAACUGGAAAAACUUUGCUGGCAAAGGCAACGGCUGGCGAAGCAAAUGUUCCUUUCAUAAGCGUAUCCGGCUCAGAGUUUCUGGAGAUGUUUGUUGGUGUUGGUCCAUCACGUGUUCGCGAUAUGUUUGCGAUGGCUAGAAAGCACGCACCCUGUAUUUUGUUUAUUGAUGAAAUUGAUGCUGUUGGACGAAAGCGUGGUGGAAAAUCUUUUGGCGGACAUUCCGAACAAGAGAACACAUUAAAUCAAUUGUUGGUUGAAAUGGACGGCUUUAAUACAACUACUAACGUUGUGGUUCUAGCAGCAACUAAUCGUGUUGAUAUAUUAGACAAAGCGCUGAUGCGUCCAGGGAGAUUUGAUCGUCAAAUUUUUGUUCCAGCACCUGACAUUAAAGGACGUGCCAACAUUUUCAAAGUACAUCUGGGACCUCUAAAGACUGAUUUGGAUAAACAAGAUCUUGCCCGCAAAAUGGCAGCAUUAACUCCCGGCUUCACUGGUGCGGACAUUGCGAACGUAUGCAAUGAAGCUGCUCUUAUAGCUGCGCGUGAUUCGUUGGAUUCCAUUAUGAUGAAAAAUUUUGAGCAGGCGAUCGAGCGAGUUAUAGCAGGUAUGGAGAAAAAGACCAAUGUUUUAGCCCCGGAGGAAAAGAAAACCGUGGCGCAUCACGAAGCCGGUCACGCAGUUGCGGGUUGGUUUUUGGAGUUCGCCGAUCCUCUGUUAAAAGUCUCAAUUAUACCGCGUGGAAAAGGCCUCGGAUAUGCCCAGUAUUUGCCUAAAGAUCAGUACUUACUUUCAAAGGAGCAACUUUUUGAUAGAAUGUGCAUGACUCUGGGCGGUCGAGUUGCCGAAGAGUUAUUCUUUAAUCGCAUUACAACUGGAGCACAGGAUGAUUUAAAAAAAAUAACAGAUAGCGCUUAUGCUCAAAUUGUGCGUUUCGGUAUGAAUGAGAAAGUUGGUCAAGUGAGCUUCGAUGCGGGCCAGCAGGGAGAUGCUGUUUUCACUAAACCUUACUCGGAAGAGACUGCACAAUUGAUUGAUAGUGAAGUUCGUGUUCUUAUUCAUCAAGCUCAUCAACGCACCACAGAAUUGUUGACAAAACACAAGGAAGAUGUGCGUCGGGUCGCCGAACGUCUAUUAAAAAAUGAAAUUUUGAGUCGCGAUGAUAUGAUUGAACUGCUAGGUCCAAGACCAUUCAAAGAAAAGUCUACAUAUGAAGAAUUCGUGGAAGGCACGGGUUCUUUCGAAGAAGACACAUCAUUACCCAAGGGCUUGCAGAAUUGGAACAAGGAAAAAGAGGAGGAGACCAAAGAUACACCACCACCGAAACCUGUUCCAACGCCCUAGAUAUUAUGUAGGCGUAUUUGCGGUUUGAGCGAUUCUGAGUCAUUAUAAGCCUUAAUGCUAGUUCUUUUUGUUUUCUUGUUAAGUUUUGCAAUCUGUGUGCUGCAUCGAAAUAUCAAGAGAGACGUCAAAUAUGUAUGUUAAAAAAUAUUGAAGCGAUAAUCUUCAAUGGAUACAUUGAAAAAUAAAGUUUUUCAUACAUCUAACAAAA